GACCUACCAGUGGAUGGGUGCCAACUUUGACGAAGGUCCUCUCCGCGCCGAGGGUGCCGUCGCAGUCAUCGACUUCGGCGAUGCGACAACGCUCGCUGGCCCAGAGACGCCCCCGACCGUCCGGAAGAACUGGACGGACAAAGGGACAUUGGACCUUGCGCGGCAGAAGGAAGUGGAACGUGCACUGGGAGGCAAACCCUGGCCUCCUGUGGAGGGAACAUUUCUGGCCUCGCUGGUCCUUGCGAUGCAGGCUUUCGUGAAGCAGCUCCCCGAGCAGACGGUGGGAGCUCUGCGCCAGCGCCGGGAGCUGC